GAGCCGUCCCGGCAGGGACCGGAAGUGCCUGGCGGGAGGAAGCUGGGUUGCCCUGGUAGCGGAGGAGCCUGGCCCUGAGGAGCCCUCCCCUCCCCCCUCGGCGCCCUAGAGACUCGGCGGGGCCCGGCCCAGGCCUCUCUGCUCCCCGCGCCCUCCCCUCCCCCCCCGCCAUGGACCCGGCUCCUGCCAUGACCGACAUGUACGACCAGGCGCUGCUGGGCAUCCUGCAGCACGUGGGCGACGUCCGGGAGUUCCUCGGCGUCCUCUUCGGCUUCCUCUACCGCAAGACGGAUUUCUACCGCCUCCUGGGGCGGCCCGACGGCCGGCUGGGCUUCCCGCCCGGGGCGGCGCAGACCAUGGCCCUCCAGGCAUUCAAGAACUUUGAACACCUGGCCCGUCAGGAUGACGAGGAGAGGCGGCGGGAGCUUGUGGAGAAGAUGAGGAAAAGGGAGGAGGAAGCGGCAGCGGAGAGGACAAAAGUGCCUGCUGUGGCUCAGGAAAUUGAGAUCCGCUCGGCAGCAGAGCCCGUCCCUGACCCGGAUGAUGGGGCAGCCGCCAGGCCUCAAGAGCCCACUGCAGCGGAGGAGACAGCUGAAGCAGUGGACAGUUCUGCAGCCUCAGAGCCACCAGGAGCAGCUGCCCCAGUGGAGUCCCAGCCAUCAGCAUUGCCCAAGAGGCAGGAGCAGUUCCAGACCAACCCUGACAGUUACAAUGGAGCCGUGCGAGAGAACUACACCUGGUCCCAAGACUACAGCGACCUGGAGAUUAAAGUGCCAGUCCCCAAGCACAUCAUGAAAGGCAGGCAGGUGUCUGUGGAUCUCAGCAGCAACUCAAUUCGUGUGGCCGUGCUGGAGGGGAGCAGCCAGCGUGUCCUCAUGGAAGGGAGACUCACCCACAAGAUCAACACGGAGAGUUCCCUAUGGAGUCUGGAACCAGCGAAGUGCAUCUUGAUCAACCUGAACAAGGUGGGGGAGUACUGGUGGAGUGCCAUCCUGGAGGGAGAGGAGCCGAUCGACAUCGAUAAGAUCAACAAGGAGCGUUCAAUGGCCACGGUGGACGAAGAGGAGCAUGCCGUGCUGGACAGACUGACCUUCGACUACCACCAGAAACUGCAGGGCAAGCCCCAGAGCCAUGAGCUGAAGGUGCACGAGAUGCUGAAGAAGGGCUGGGACGUAGAAGGCUCCCCGUUCCGGGGCCAGAAGUUCGACCCCGCCAUGUUCAACAUCUCCCCGGGGGCCGUGCAGUUUUGACGACGCCCGGCGCGAAAGGGAAGAUCACAUCCACGCUUGGGAUCGUGAGGCCAAGGCCAGCGCCUCUGUGUGUAGCCAGCUAGCGCGGGGGCCGAGCCUGGGCUUCCCCCUCUGCCUGUUCCCACGAGUGACGUCCGGCCACCCCUUUAUCCUCGCGCUGUUUGCAAACAGCCAGCCGCCAACCGGCUGGGGCGGGGGUGUGGUUGGGGGGGCGGGGGGAGCGUGAGUGCUUCCUCCCCCCAUGCCAGCAUGGUGUGUUUGAGAUGCAUGUGGGGCAAGCCUAGCAAACGCAGAACGACGUCCUCUGUCACCACGGCAACCAGCAGCUGCUGGUAGCGUUUCCCUUUCUCUCUCGCUGGCGAUGGCCCCGGUUGCUGCUGGGGGGGUGGGGGGGGAACCUAGGCAGCUGUUGUUUUUCAGGAAUAGAUAAUGCUUGUUGAGGUGACUUUGAAGUUUGUCUUUCUUGCUUUUGGGGAGCCCGUACCAGCCCCCCGUGCCUGACACACACACACCCCCUCCCCCCCGAGAUGGCAGCGCUGCCCUAUGGCUCUGCGGCCCCGUUCAAAAGUGGCUGAUCUGUCCUUGCUGGUGGUGGGCGUCUCUAAGGGGGACCCCAGGGUGCUGGCAGCGGGAGGGAAGAGCUGCAGCCUCAGACACCUGGUAGCGGAGAUGGCGCAGACCAUGCCAUGCUCCAAGCGCUAUACACCUGCAAAGCCUGGGCCUGGGACCAAGUGUGGCACUCUGCGCCCACGCAUCUAUCCACACGUGUCCAGUUCUCCACUGGCCUCGGCAGCUGGGGUUCUGUGAGUUGCUGGUUCUGUUAACAAGGUUUUCAGCUAUGGCAGAGAUCAAGGGGCCAGGCCUGCCCUGUGCCAGCCUUUGCUUAUAUACACAACCCCCUAGGGCUCACAUUGUGUAAUCAGCCCAGCUUUGGGUACCUAAAGCACCCUGGGGGCUGAUUUUCAGAGGCAGCAAGCACCUGCAGCUCCCGCUGUCUUUGCUUGGCUUGGGAGUCUGAAAACAGAGCUCUAGGGGCAUUGCAUUGGGCACCCAAAACUAGCGGCCGCUUUAUUGAGAAUCGUGUCCCCAGCUACUGGCGGGGUGUCUACGCCACAGCUCGGAGUGAAUUCCCAGCCUGGGAGCCACAUCCUAUCUCUGCUCAAGGUCUCGUGCUAAAAGGGGCAGGGUGGUCAUGGCGGCCGGUGAGGCAGCAUGGGUACAGUACGAGCGGGUGGGCAGAGCUAGCAGGUGUCUGUCUAGCCAGCGUAGUGGUCAGCAAUGUAGCUGCUCAAGCAGGAUACGGUGGGGCUGGUCUGCCACUGCUCCCCUGACCUCGGAAGGCGUUAAAGCCAGGCGCUCAGACCGCUGCAUCCUGUGUCCUCUCCGUCGCCAAGAAAACACACUGAUGCCCCGCUUCUCCAAGGAGGGUCAGAGCCUGGAAAACCGGCCACCUGCAGGCUGCCGGUACCUGCUGUAGCAGCAAGCCCCACGGGACUCAGCAGAAAUAAUCGUCUGUGACUGUGUCCUUAAAGACCGUAUCCUAAUGCACACACACUGGGGGCUGAAUUAAGGUUGUCUAGGCAACCUUCAUUUGGGCAUUUCCUAGCUUUUGAUUUGCGACCGUAAUCAUGUUCCUUGCACCUAGUUGUGUGUGUGUGUAUGUAACUUCCUAGGGUCUUAUAAGAACAAGCUGGAAACAAACCCAACAGGAAUUCCAGCAUGUGGAAUCAUAUUGGCUCCCCUGUGGAUCAUCAGCAGGGUUGAAACCUGUAAAUCCUGCCCCAGACCUCUGCUGCUUGAGCUAACGGACCGACUGAUAGCAGUAGUAGGUUGUCAUCCUCGCUGUGGACCAGUAUGAGAGGGGGAUGGGGUGCUCUGCCAGUGGGUUUUACAGCUAUUUGCGGACAGCAGAGGAACGGUGAGACUCGGGACUCCUGGGUUCCAGGUGCGGGAGAGGAAUAUUGUGGGCACAACUUACUUUGCCCCCAGGCCUGACUCCUCCUGCUCUGUCCCUUCCAAACUGGCCUUGUUCCAGUCUGGAUCUUCUCUGCCCCUGGUCCCACUCUCCUCCCCUAGCCUAGCCAAUCUCCACUCCUCAGGCUUCUUAUGACAGUCCCAGGCUCUGUGACCAGCCCAUUCUAAUCUGCCUCCAACUCCCAGGCUCUUCGCCCCUCAGCUCCUUGCCCAGCCAGUCCCAGUUGCCCUUCCUCCUGGCUCCUUAUCUGUUCUCUCUUCCCCCUCCAUCUGUUCUCUCCGCCCCCCUCUGGCCCCUCCCCACUGGCGCCCAGUCCCAAGCUGUGCCCCCCCCACCCCCUUUGCAGGCUUCUUGUCCCAGUCUCCGCCCCGCUGAUACCAGUUCUCCCCCUGCAUCCUUGUCAGAUCUGUCUCCUUUCCCUGUCCCACUGACUCAGCACCGGUUUUCUUGCCCAGCCAGUCCCCCGCACCCCCAGCUCCAUAUCCAUCUUCCCCUGCUCACCCUACUGACUUCCCGUCCCUCCCUGGCCUCUAGUCUACUCAAAGCCCCAGUCCCACUUGCCCUUCACUCCCCAUCGGCACCCACCUUUGGCUCCUUAUGCCAGUCCGUUCCCCCUGCUGGUCUGGCACUUGUCCCCUCUCCAUAUCCAUUGGGCAGCCUCCUCCAUGCUGCGGGGGCCCCGCCACCGGGGGUCGUUCAGGGUGUGUCUACACUGCAGCCGGGAGCAAGCUUCCCAACUCCGGCAGAGGCGUCGAGCGGCUCAAGCAGGAGUCACUUGCGCUAGACCCAGCGGGGCGGGUGCUGCAGCUGCUGCAGCGGUGGGCUGAGUUGGGCUUGAGAGCCCCAGCCUCCGUGGUCACACUGGUUUGCUAGCUCAGGUCCCGCUCGGGCGGCGUGUGCCCAGCCGCAGUGUAGACGUACCCUGAGAGCGCAGGCGAGAGGCUCUCUGCCCUCCGCUGGGGUGCGCGGACCUGACACAGCUCCGAGGUGCCCUUGCAGUGCUGCUCAGCUUGGGGGGAAUUUAGCUGCUAAGAAGUCUACCGGGCACGUGCGAGCUGCGAUUUGUUUGUUUGUCCAAAUUAGUGCGGAUUUUAAGGGGGACGUCAAAAGGCCCCUCCCUGACUCCAGAGCCGCCCCCCUGCCGAAUUUCAAGUCCCUGCUCCAAACUGCGCGAGCUUUAGAGCGUCUUAAAGACAAGGGUGCCGAAUUCUGAAUGUGGCCACGGUAUUUUCCCCUAGCCUCAGGCUCUGGGGCCGCCUGCGGCUGAAACUUUCCAGCCACAUUCAGCCUGGGGCCGACUGCUGCUGCUGUGGACGAUUUCAGCCUGAAAGGCUGCAGUUUGGCAAAGUUGGAAGCAGCUCCAAACGGACGUGGCAGGCUCCUAAACACAGAUGCUGUGGUCUACACAGAGCCCCACUGGACCCCCCUGCAGGGCCCGAAUGCGGAAGGGGGCAGGGCUUGCACCCCCUUCCCGUAUGUGCCUGAGGGCCACCCCCUAGAAUAGCCCCUGGGCCCCCUCGCCAUCACAGCUGGGUCUCCUACUCCUGGGUUAAGUCAGUUCCUCUGCCUGUUUAAAGGAGCCCAGCCUGUGUGUUCUGCUGGCCGGCUCCCCUCUCCUUUAGGCCCGGUUGGGUCAGUACCUGUAGCUCCUCUCCCUCAGCCUGGAGGCUACCCAGCGGUUAUUCUCGCUUCGUUCUUCCUUGUCUCCUCUUCUGCGGGUCUCUUCCCAGGCCGGGGCGGCCCACAGGCCAAGCAGCUCUAGCUGCCUGGGCUGCGGUGGGCGCAGCCUGCUUCAUUCUCUCCGUGAGCCCCGCAGAGGCUGGCAGCGUGCUCCAAGCCGCACCCGGGAGCCAGCGACCGGCACCCCGUUGCCGCCACACGCGGCUGCACUGGGAUUUGUCCGCCUCCCUCUUGCUUUACAAUAAACAUGUUUGUCUGA